GGCAGGUGCAGCCCUGGGCGGUGCCCGGCGCACUGCAGGAGGUGAGAGCCUGGUCGCCUUUGCUGCCCGCGAGUGCAUUCCGGGACGCCGCAGGAGCUGCUCGCGCCUGGGCCCGGAGGGAUGUGGGCCCCGUUGAAGCGAUCCCGAAUCCUGCACAUGGCGCUCACAGGGGCCUCCGAUCCCUCUGGAGACGCGGAGGCGGGCGGCGGGCAGAAGCCGUUUCUGCUGCGAGCCGUGCAGAUCGCGCUGGUCGUCACCCUGUACUGGGUCACCUCCAUCUCCAUGGUGUUCCUCAACAAAUACCUGCUCGACAGCCCCUCCCUGCGGCUGGACGCCCCCAUCUUCGUCACCUUCUACCAGUGCCUGGUGACCACGCUGCUGUGCAAGGGCCUCAGCGCGCUGGCCACCUGCUGCCCCGGGACCCUGGACUUCCCCACCCUUCACCUGGACCUUGCCGUGGCCCGCAGCGUGCUGCCCCUGUCGUUGGUCUUCAUCGGCAUGAUCACCUUUAAUAACCUCUGCCUCAAGUACGUGGGCGUGGCUUUCUACAACGUGGGCCGCUCGCUCACCACCGUCUUCAACGUGCUGCUCUCCUACCUGCUGCUGAAGCACACCACCUCCUUCUAUGCCUUGCUCACCUGCGGCGUCAUCAUUGGUGGCUUCUGGCUGGGCGUGGACCAGGAGGGGGCCGAGGGCACGCUAUCUCUGGCGGGCACCGUCUUCGGGGUGCUGGCCAGCCUCUGCGUCUCCCUUAACGCCAUCUACACCAAGAAGGUGCUGCCGGCUGUGGAUGGCAGCAUCUGGCGCCUGACUUUCUACAACAACCUCAAUGCCUGUGUGCUCUUCCUGCCCCUGCUGCUGCUCCUCGGGGAGCUACAGGCCCUCCGUGACUUUGCCCAGCUGGGCAGCGCCCACUUCUGGGGCAUGAUGACCCUGGGCGGCCUGUUCGGCUUCGCCAUCGGCUACGUGACGGGCCUGCAGAUCAAGUUCACCAGUCCCUUGACCCACAACGUGUCGGGCACAGCCAAGGCCUGCGCGCAGACCGUGUUGGCUGUGCUCUACUACGAAGAGACCAAGAGCUUCCUGUGGUGGACCAGCAACCUCAUGGUGCUGGGGGGCUCCUCCGCCUACACCUGGGUCAGAGGCUGGGAAAUGCAGAAGGUUCAGCAUGACCCCAGCCCCAAGGAGAACGAGAAGAGUGCCAUGGGGGUGUGAGCUCCUGCGGGGACCCCCAGGGAGAAAGUCCAACUUGGGGGAAUGGAGAGGACAUCAUGGCCCUGCAAGGCACUGGGGUGCUGCAUGGCUAUGCCCAGCAGAACACAGUGGCUGCUGGCUCUCUCUCCUCCCCAGGAGAGCCCUCAAUGGCAUUGGUGCCCCCUGUCGUCCCCUCCCUGGGGCCUGUCUACCUCCACAUCCCCUGUGGGGUCCGUGCGGCCUGCAGCUUUGGUUUGCAGUAGCAAACCCUGAAAAGUCCUCAGUCCUACUCAGGAUAGAUCAGGAAGUCCCCCCACCACAGCCAACUGAGGGGGGCACAGCUCCAGAGCCUUGGUCCCUCAAACCCACCUUCCUUUGGCGAAUGGCGGGAAAUGGGCUGGUGCUCCCUCUCCCAUGCUGAGACAAGGCCCAGGGAAGGGGAAGUGGGUGACUGAGUGUCCUUGUGGCUGAACUUGGCACCACUCCUUGCCCCGUCCAGGGGCAUCUGUGAAUGAGAUGGAUCCAGAGGAAGGGCUCCCCCACCCCAUCUGCACCCAAUCCUUGGGACACGAGAGACCCCACACAGGUUCUUCGAAGUCAUGAACACUCCCUGACCAGACACCAGAUGUCCCUGCCUGGGCUCUCGGCCCCUAAGGGGCCACCACACCCUCUGACUUCCUGGUACUGCCACCGGU